AUGCCGGCCGAAACGCCCAGAACCGAGUCUCUCUACGAUGAAUCAACCCCCUGGUUUUCCAUACCCAAGAGAAACCAAGGAGCGUUGAAGCGACCAAGCAUAUCGCCGACUGAAAACCGUCGAGGAGUCAGGGCGUUGGCUGCCAAGUUUGAAGGUGGUAAAUCGACUGAAAGGUCUCCGACACCGCCAAGUAGUGCCAGUAAAACUCAAGCUCUCAUCUCACAGUUCUCCCCAGAAUCACCAACGAGGAGUGUACGGUCUCAAUCCGUCUCAGCCGCGGGUCGACAGAGCAUACCUCAGGAUUUAGUGAACCAGAACGUGCAUCCUCGCAUCCCAUCAGCCGCGGCAAAUACAAUUGGCGAUGGUAUCAGUGGACAAGAUUUGCGAGUCUCGAUUGGAGAAGAAGCAGCAACCAAGGCGAUUGAACUCCUACAAGCAGACAAAGAGAGAAAACCUUCACCAAGCUAUCAUGAACAGCCAGAGGGAUUAACUCUGCGGCAAACAAUCCCGCGACGGAAACCAGUCCCAGAAGAAAACGGCAUAGAAGUAUCGCUCAAGAAUCCUGGAAGUCUUGGCACAAUGAUGCCAUAUCCUGAACAACCCCCUAUUGCUCAGCAUCUCAAUUUUGUGCGCCCGUCUUCUGCAGCCAACACCCAAGACACUGAUGCACUGACGGUUCCUCACAACACUGCAAACCCUAUUCAACGCCCCGGAAGUACCACCACUCUCCAUACACAGAUUCGAAAUCUUCAGCGGCGAUUAGACCUCAAGACGGAAGAAGCAACCCAAUUAAGAAGGCAGCUUGAUGUACAAGAAGACGCGGAUAUUGGUACAUUGAGUCAGCAACUACGAGAAGCCAAGAGAGAGGCACAGAUGUGGAAAGAGCGAGCCGAAAGUGCAGAGAGGAGGAUCAAAGUAUUCGAACGAUUCAUAGCACGGUUGAAAGGAAUACAAGUGGCCAAAGGAGCUGCCGACGGACAGGUCGCUACAGGACAGACGCUUGUUGGACCAGAGUAUUUGAAGCAUGCAGAGAAAGAUAACGCUGCCUUCUUGGAGAAUGGCGAUCGAUAUGAGAGUGAUAGCUCAGGAGAAGAAGACGCUGGGAUUGUUACUGCACGGAUACAGAGAUGUCUUGACGGCCUGACCGAUGGCCCAGAGGAUAUCUCGCAGGCUCGGACGACAGAACGGGACAUCAGCCCAGGCGAUGUCGAAAUUUGGAUGGCGGCACAGAAAUUGCUGGACAACGAAGCUCAGGUGCCGAUUGGUGGUGGCGGAAGUGCGAAAUAA